UAAGUCUACCGCAAGCUACACGGGUGUCAAACACAAUAAAAAAUGGAUUUUAAAAACAAAGUAGUGCUUGUAACCGGCGGCAGCUGCGGAAUCGGAGCCGAAAUAGCCAUACAGUUCUCCAAACAAUCAGCCAAAGUGGUCAUAGUUGGGAGAAACGAGGAAAAACUGAUGAAAGUCGCCGAGCAAUGCGAAGCUCACGGCGAAGCGCACGCAGUCAAAGCCGAUCUUACCAACGACCUUGAGGUAGAACGCGUCGUAGAGGAGACGAUUAAACGCUUCGGGCAGAUCGACGUACUUAUCAACAAUGCCGGAAUAGUGAAGAACACGAAAAUCGAAGAAGGAAUAUCAGAUUAUGACAAGAUAUUUAACACAAAUCUACGAAGCGUGUAUCUUUUGACCAGUCUUGCGGUGCCUUAUCUGAUUAAAACUAAGGGUAAUAUUAUUAAUAUCUCAAGCGGGACGAGCAAGAAGAUAUUUCCUACAAUGACUGUGUAUUGCAUGUCCAAGGCUGCCAUGGACAUGUUUACUAAAGGUUUGGCCGUGGAACUGGCUCCAAGCGUAAGAGCGAACUCUAUUAAUCCUGGGCCUGUAAAGACUGAUCUCUGGGUACAUGCGGGCGUUGAAGGAGGUGAAACCUUGAUGGAUAUGUAUGGAGCCGCUACUCUUUUGGGCAAAUGUACUGCGUGUAAAGAGAUAGCUGACAUGGCUUUAUAUCUGGCUAGUGAUAAGGCCAAUAGUAUUACGGGAAGCUCUUUUGUUAUUGACAACGGGAUACUGUUAAAGUAAACUUAAUUGUGACGCAAUUUGUGCAAAAACAGAUUGAAAUAAAGUGUGUUCGAGUUUACAA